AUGGGUGAUCAACAUUCUUCACGCAGCGAUCGCCAUAAGAGAAGUCGUAGUCGAUCGCCGCGUCCUCGAUCGGAAAGCACCCGUUCAACGUCGCAUCGACGGCACGAAAGCCCUGACAGCAAGGACAGACAUAAUCGGCGCUCGAGAUCACCAUCACAUCGUCGUUAUCAUAGCAACCGCCACCGAUCUCCUUCACCAUCUUCAGAAUCUUCUUCAGAAGACGAAAGCAGUUCAGCUUCAGAGUCAGAAGAUGAAAAGCGACGACGACGAAAGUCCAAGAAACAGCAUCGAAGCAAAAAGCAUAAGAAAAGCAAAAAACAUCGAAAGAGUCGGAGGAGUAGCGAUGAUGUUGGAAGCAGUGAUGAGGACGCUAAAAGAAGAAGCGCAAUCACUGGUAAAAAGAUCAAGCUUAAGGUCCACAAGUCUUCAGAUGACAAAGUGCGUGACGAAAACCGCUCAAACUUGUUGCACUUUCUGAACUCUGCGUUCUAA